UUUUUGUAUCUUUUAUUGCAUCUUUUAAUCGCGAAAUUUAUGGCUGGAUAAUACCAAUACUUUUACUGCUACUCUUGGCCAUCCCGUUUGAGCUUGGAGCUCCGGAUAUACCAUUUGGAGUUCUCUAUUUAUUACCCACUUAUUCAGCGGUUGCACUGCUUCAUAGAACUUGCAUUCAGGAAGAAAUUCGUAAAGUUUGUGAUGGAAGCAACUCAAAUUUGUAUGAUGAGUGCAAACAACAUUCACACUGGACUGGAUUACUAUAUGUUUGAUACUUACUUUUUUAGCCAUACUUUACUUUAUUUGCUCAUGCUGUACGAAAAAGGAUUUCCUUGUAAACAGCGGAGAACUGCUGGUGAGGAAUGCCCAGGAAAUUGUGAUUUAAACAGUAUGACAAGAAACGAAAUGCGAAACCACACCCUACUUCUGGAAAAUGUAAGGUCAAACCAGUCUAGAAGAUCGAUAAAAGAUAUAUCCUUUGGUCUAAGGCCUAUGGAUGUUCUAGGGUUGGUUGGCGAAAGAUCUGGCAAGACGAAUAUUAAUAAAAUGAUUAUAUCAGAACGCGAUUUGUCAAGUGGUCGUAUUUCAGUAAAAGGAAUCGAUGUUCAAGACAAAAAGGAGAAUAGAUAUCACGCAUUCAAAUACAUAGGCUACUGUCCCGAAAAAAUUGCUUUGAGCCAAAGUUUACGGGAAGAGAAAACUUAA